AUGGAGGUCUUCGUCCACAACCUGCCCGCCCAGGGCAACCUUAGCAGCCAAGGCUUGCUGCUGCAGCUGCGGCCAUUUAUGCGGGACCUCAAGAUUUCCGACACUGCAUACGACUGUGAAAAGGCGGCCACGAAACGGCACGCCUUCAUCACAUUUCUGUCAGAAGACGAUGGCAAGCGCUUUCUCGGCUCCCAUGGCGAGGUUCCGCUCAUCAGCUCCGUUUCUCACGGCAAGGGUCCUCCCCGUGGCACCGCUUCGCGGUUAAAAAUCCUCGGUGCCCAUGUCAUGUGCCGGAAGAGUAACCGACCUCCGAGCCGCGCCUCACUCGGAGUGCUAGCUGCAAAAGAGAACGAGCGGUUGGGGACUCAAAAGCAGGGCACACCGCACACCGGGAACAAGACAAACUCUGUGGUGACUGGAACCGCGCCGACCGGCAAGCAGACAAUGCAACCCACCUUUGCCUCCGCCUCUGCCAACGACAAGUCCUUCAUGUACGAGAGAUUUAGCUGCGGCUAUUACAAGUACAUCAAUGGCGGCGAGCUCGUUUUUGUUCCCGAGUACGUUCAGGUUGUACAGAAGGGUCUGGCAGAGUUUGGCAAACGGCACUUGACCAUCACCAGCGAUGAUCGUCGCGUGAUAUACGUCCCGCUGUCCACUAUUCAGGAGAUUGUCUGGUCUCCCCAGGGGCUCAUCACACUCACAUUGAGUACGGUGCCCUUGUUUUUCUCUGCCCCAGAUGAUGCGGGCAAGCGGUGGCGGCUGACAGGCCUCGAUGACCGCCAUGCCAAGAUUGUUGGCAAAUGCUUGGUCUAUCACAUCGUCGUCCGACCAGAGCAGAUCCAUCGCAAAAUGCAGCGUCUUGCCAACUUAGGCGGCUUAACCGUGACCCGGCAUGACGUGCACUACGCCGCGGGUCCGGAUUUCUCCACCAGCGACGCGAACUUGCGCACUCUCCUCAGCCAGUUCACGACAACCAAGCGCCUGCCGUUCUCCCUCCUGUUGCAGCUUCAAGCCCUCGCCAGCAAUGCAUAUUUGCAUCCAGAUACGGUGAACAAGCUGGCUCGAAAACUUGCCUCCAGCCACGAUACGGCGCCCAUUUCGGCCGAGGCAAUGAAGAAACUCUUCCAGGCCAUUGACUGGCCCACGCCGAAUCACCACGAUCCGAGCGAGUUCGAAGUGCCUGCCCUCUACGACUACCUUGUCGAAACAGAACAAGGCAUGGAGAAAGGGCUCUAUGUCCGCGAGGGACUGGUCAACCCCGGCCGCAACCUGACCGCCAUCCAUCGUGUCAUGGUGACGCCGACGCACCAGACACUCCACGGUCCGGAACUCGAAAACAAAAAUCGCGUCUUGCGCAAGUUUCCCAAUCACCACGACUAUUUCAUCCGCGUUCAGUUCUGCGACGAGGAUGGCCAGAGCCUGCGCUUUAACGGCCGUGUUGACUUUACCCACGUCUACGAUCGAUUCCGCAGAGCAAUGGUCGACGGCAUUAGCGUGGCCGGCCGGACCUACAUCUUUCUGGGAUGGUCUCACUCCUCUCUGCGCUCUCACUCCAUGUGGUUCGUGGCCCCUUUUAUCGACGACAACGGCCAGCUGCAGACGCACUUUACCAUCAUCUCUGCCCUGGGCAAUUUUGACACAAUCUACUCGCCCGCCCGGUGUGCUGCUCGCAUUGGUCAGGCGUUUUCAGAAACGCCAUUUGCCGUGCCAAUGGCCGAGAACAACAUCAGUGUCUACGAGAUUCCGGACAUUGUGUCGUCGACGGACGCCAGUCGCGUCUUCAGUGACGGCGUCGGCACCAUCUCGUGGAAAGCCGCCGAGGCAAUUUGGAAGCAGUUGCCGCGUGGCAAGAAGAAGCCCACCUGCUUUCAGAUUCGGUUUGCCGGUGCCAAGGGCAUGCUGGCUCUCGAUUCACGGUUGACCGACAACAGCAUUUGCCUGCGGCCCUCUAUGAUCAAGUUCAAGAGCACAGAAAUGGCCAACCUUGAGAUCUGCGACAUGGCCACGCAGCCCAUUCCCCUGUACCUGAACCGCCAGUUGAUCAAGAUCCUCGAGGACAUGGGUGUUCCCACGUCCUGGUUUCAAAAGCUUCAGGAUGAUGCAUUGCGCGAGCUGAAGCUCAUAACGUCCAGCCCGUACAACAUGGCCAGCUUUCUCAAGGUGCAAGCAGUAGCCACGGCCAUCAAGCUGCACAAGCUUCUGCUGCUGGCCGAUCGUCUGGGCCUCGACUUCCGCACAGAUCCCUUCCUGCGCCGCGCCACAGACGCCGUCAUUUUGCGCGAGCUGCGUCUGCUGAAGCACAAGGCUCGUCUGUUUGUUCCCUUGGGCAUUACACUGUUUGGCAUCAUCGACGAAACGAACUAUCUCCGUGAAAAUGAGGUGUACAUUACGUUUGAUGUUCCCAAGAAUGGCUCCAAGUCACGCCGCUUCCGUGCGCCGCCUGGCAAUGGCAAUCCGGUGAUAGUAACACGCUCGCCUGCACUGCAUCCUGGCGAUAUCCAGCGGGCGACAAAUGUGCAUCCUCCCGCUGCUGAUGCCACCCACCCACUGCACUACCUCCGCAACUGCAUCGUGUUCAGCUCGAAAGGCGUUCGUGACCUGCCAAGCCAGCUCAGCGGCGGCGAUCUAGACGGUGAUAUUUUCAACAUCAUAUGGGACCCAGUGGUCUGUGACCUGCCCGGGCUCAAAACGUUCGUGCCGGCCGACUACCCGCGCCAAGAUCCCGUCAAUAUUGGGCGGCGCGUGACGACGGCCGACAUUGCAGAUUUCUUCCUUGAUUUUGUGCGCACCGACCACUUGGGUACCAUUGCGACACGCCACAUGAUUCUUGCGGACCAGUUGCCGGAAGGCACACGUGAAACUAACUGUAUCCAACUGGCUGCGCUGCACUCGACAGCUGUGGACUUUUCCAAAACGGGCAUUCCGGCCGACCUCAAGAACAUGCCCCGUGCCAGCCGAUACCGACCGGACUUUCUGUCUCCCGGACCGAUUGUGGAAGUGCACAGCCGCAAGGACAUUGACCUGGAGCAAUUCAUGGCGAAGAAUGUCGACGGCGACGACGCUGACGAUGACGAGACGCACGAGCUCGACGCACCCACCUACAAGUACUACCAGUCGACGAAGACGCUCGGCACCCUGUACCGGGCGAUUGACGAGCGCCGAAUCUGGCAAGACGACGUGCGCUACACAAUUAGCAAUGGCAAUGGCGAUGGCGAUGCCGACGAGGAGCCCAUGUUCUAUGAUGCCUUUUUGGAAUGGGCAACCCAUGAGUGCGAGCUGCUUGGCGGCACAAACUGGCAGCAGCGCACAGAUGAGGCGCUGCGGAUUCGGUCUGCAUACGAAGACUCCAUUCUGACGACCAUGUACGAGUUCUCGGAACACCCGACGCUACCAAUCACAGAGCUCGAGGUGUUUAUCGGCACGAUUGUGAACAAAACAGGCUCUCAGACGCUGCGGCAGCGCGACCGGUCGCGCAAGCUGCGGGACGAGUACGAACGAAUCUCCUCGUGGAUCACGGCACAGAUUCGGCCUCAUGGACGAACAAACGAGGGCGAUGGUGGUGUGGACGGGGAAAAUGAUGGAGACGACGGCGAGGAAGACGACUUUGACAAGGAAGGGCGAGACUGGCGGUCGCAGCGCCUUGCAGUCCUAGAAUUGUGUCUCGCGUGCACGUACAGCCAGAAGGACGACAAGAAAGAUGAAAAGGACGAUCGCAGGACGGAACGGAACGGACUCGGACACGCAACGGAAAACAAAAACAACAACCGAGUUGAGUCGUUCUGGCUCGUGGCGGCGUCGGCGCUGAUCCGAGAGCUCGAAUUUAUCCACCGUGGCCUUCGGUUUGAUGCCGAUUUGCGGCAGGACAUGGCGCAGCUGUCGCUUGGUGGUGGACGGAAGUAG